GAUGGGGACUUUCCAUAGCAAUCCUUUGUUCGUGGCGUUGAGGACCUGAGGUACUAGCUCGCUUAUAGCCUACAUUGUGACCAACAACUAUUGAAUUGUCGAAAUGCAUCAUGCGCUACUCGUUCCAGACAUCUUAGAUCACAUCUUCGCGUUCAUCAAGGCUGAUAGUCAGCAAAUCAGUCGCCGGACUUUCGCAGCACUCGCUAGAACCUGCAGUGCUCUCAGUGAUGCAUCGUUGGAUGCUCUCUGGAGCGAGCUACGUAGCCUCUAUCCAUUAGUGUCGUGCAUCUACGAUACUAACAUGAAGUUGGACAACGAGGACACAUCAGAAAUCAACACUGAUUCAGGACCUGACUUAACUGUCUUUCACAAGUACGCGUAUCGCGUCCACAAAGUAGAGCUUUCUGGAUACGAAGGGGGCUGGAGGGCUACAGCUGUCCCUGAUGACCUGGGGGUGUUUCACGUUCUUCGAAUUCCCACACCACUCCUUCCCAAUCUCACCCACCUGGCUUGGACUGAUGAACUUAGUCUUGCUCUGCUCUGGCCUCUGCUCAAUCCACGUUUAUUGUCUCUUCGCAUCUCAAGCUUUCAGUGGAACCCGAAAUCCACCCCCUUACUCCUGUCAAAAAUACGGGGACUCUGCCCGGAGCUGAAUACGCUGGGAUUGUUAUUCUAUUUGUCAGAAGGAUACGAAGCUAUUGCUGAAAGCUUCUUAUCCCGCGUAAUUUGUUCAUGGAAGAAGCUCGAGGUGCUGGACUACAGCCCCGUGGGUUGCGAAUGCAUCCUCAACCUUUCUGCAUUAUCAUGUCUCAGAAUUCUUCGAUUGCGCGUUGACAACAUAUCUGAUCUCAAUCUGCCCACAAAUUCCCUCUCAUUUCCAUCCUUGCACACACUCCAAUUUCAAGCCAACAGCCUAGCGACUGCUAAUUCCAUCCUUCAAGCGAUGAGGACCUUGCCCAAAUCUAUAGAUAUCUUCCUUCCAGUGUAUCGAUCGGGUGAUGUUGGUGUGGACACGGUCGAGCCCAUUCUGCAACCCAUCAGUCAAAACGUGUCUUGCGGCAACCUUGAAGAAUUUCGCCUGAACGUUCCUGCCUUUCUGAGCAGUGGUGCCGUCAACGGCUCUAACGUGCUCCGACCCCUUUUCCUAUGCUGCAACCUCCGUGUAUUGCGUAUAAUGAUGACGCCGUUGUUCUUACUCGUUGAUGAUGAUCUGCGUGCCAUGGCUUCUGCUUGGCCACUAUUGGAGGAGCUUGAGCUGUUUGACUGUCGCAAUUUCACUCGGACUCCUGAGAUCACCUUCCACGGUCUCAUUUCGCUUCUGGAGCUGUGCCCCAAUCUUCGCUUCUUUAACCUGGCUAUCGACGCUACCAAGCUAGAUGGACUGCGGGAUGACAAACCAGGCCGUGGUGUUUGCAACCGACUGGUCAAAUAUCCCAGACUUGUUGAUUCUCACAUCAGCGACCCAGAAACAGUCGCUCGCAUCCUCCUUGACAUACUUCCUGAACUUGAGACCAUUUGGGGGGAGGGUUCUCCUGGUCCAUUUACAGCCAUGUACAGCUCAACCCUGCCUCAAGGAUGGGACGAAGUUUAUAAAAAAAUGCUAGAUUCUAAAGCAGCACAGAGGUUGUGA